AUUGCCAUUGAUAAAGAUGAAACGUAUGCUUAUUUCACUUGUCAUGACAGACAUGUGAUAAAGAGAUUGGAUCUUACAACAUUGGCAGUCACAAAUUUUAUUGGUCUUGAUGGCACAUCGGGGAAUGUUAAUGGAUUUGGAGCAUCAGUAAGAUUCCGUAAUCCAGCAAUCCUUUUGUUUUCCCCUAGUUACAAUUAUUUGAUUGUGACUGAUGCCAGCAACAAUCUUAUCAAGACUAUCCGCAUUUCGGAUCUGUAUGUCAGCGUGUUGAUAGGAACCGGCACUGCAACAAACGUGGAUAAUUUCAAUGCACUUUCGACCACUUUAACCAAUCCAAAAUCACUUGCAUUUUCUGAGGAUUUUACCAAGCUGUAUUUCUCUACGGUGUACUGCCUUGUUGCGGACAGCGGGAACCAUGCGAUACGGAAGGUGGAUAUUGUCAGCGGUUACAUGAGCACGCUGGCAGGGAGUGGGACUGCCGGGUAUAACGAUGCGGUUGGAGUACUUGCUCAAUUCAACAAACCCGUAGAUGUUACUCUCGAUUGGACCGAGUCAUAUGCCUACGUAUCCGACUACAACAACAACUGCAUCCGACGUAUUGACCUGACGACGGCGGCGGCGGACUGGACUACCCCGACUCCCACCCUGAGCGUGCUAGCGGGGGAUGGGACGAACGGCCUGGUCGACAAUGUCAAUGGGGCAGCGGCGAAGUUCUACAACCCUACGGGGGUGGCGGUGGACUUUGCCGGGCAGUCCCUCCUC